AUGGAUCUGCCUGCAGAAGGCUCUCGUCCAGUGACCAUAAGUGAUGAAGAUUUGCUCAAUAACUGCCCGCCCGUCGAAAUUCCACCUCUCGAGUUUCCUUUUCAUCUCUCGGAUGGAAAUAAUUCCCGUCUUGUUCUGUCCCAAGUUGUCUGCGAGAACUUUAAGUCCUAUGGCGGUCGUCGAGUACUUGGCCCUUUCCACAAGAACUUUACCUGUGUCAUUGGACCCAAUGGGAGCGGAAAGAGCAAUGUGAUCGAUGCCCUUCUUUUUGUUUUCGGUUUUCGUGCCUCCAAAGUGCGUUCGAAAAAACUCAGCAGUCUUAUUCACAACAGUGAUGAUCUUCCCAAUGUCAAUUUCUGUCAAGUUGCCGUCUACUUUCAGCGCAUUGUUGAUACCGGUAACCGUGCUGACGACUUUGAAGUUGUUCCUGGAAGUGAGUUCGUGAUCUCCCGAAAAGCCUUUAAGGAUAACUCAAAUUCUUACUAUAUCAACGACUGCAAAGCCAGUUUUAAAGAAGUCACUGGUCUUCUUCGUCAACAUGGCAUCGAUCUAGAUCAUAAUCGGUUCCUGAUUUUACAAGGGGAAGUGGAACAAAUUUCUUUAAUGAAACCCAAAGCUACAACCGAAUAUGAGACAGGUUUCCUGGAGUACUUGGAGGACAUUAUUGGCUCGAAUAGGUUCAAACUUCCGUUGGCCAUUUUGGCCGACCGUAUUGAGCGGUUGAAGGACAUUCGAUUGGAGAAAUUAGCCCGUGUGAAAGCAGUGGAGAAGGAGAGAAAUGAGCUUGAAACGGUAAAAGAUGAGGCGGUGGCCUAUUUGCGACUAAUCAACAAAAUGACGCGUAUUAAGAAUGUCAUUUACCAGAAAAAACAACAUCAAGAGCUCGCAAAUGAGUCCCGCUUCCGCGAGGAACUUGUCACUGUAAAACAGCAGGUUGAGAAAUUCACCAAGGAAGUAACAGACUUGGUAGAGGAGUUGCAUAAGCUCACAUCCAAACGUGAUGAGGACGAAAAACGAGCCUCCAUUCUUCAGGAGCAGCAUAGAGCUGCCAAGGCUCAAUUCGCUGGAUACGAAGCUGAGGACAGCCGAAUGCGUGACGAGCACGCUCACCUCAAAGCCCAGGGUAAACGAACAGUAAAAGCGUUAGCAGCGGAGAAGAAGAAGCUAGAUGAGAUCCGUCGCUUACCUGAAGAGGCAGAGGAGCGAAGAGAGACGUUGAAAGCGCAGCUGGCAGAGUUGGAGGCCAAUCGAGCGAAACAGGAGGCGAUAUAUAAGGAGACAAUGGACAUUUUAACACGGGAAACAGCCCCGCUGCGGAAGAAGAUGGAAGCAGCUGAAGCAGCUUUGGCACCGGUGCAGAAGGCGGCAGAUGAGGCCGCUUCCAAGCUAGCAAUCGCUCGACAAGAGCUGGAUCUCGCGAUGUCGGCGGUGAGGCGGGAGGAGGAGAGGGCGAAAGGGGCGCGGGAUGGUGCUCAAUCCGCCCGGGAUCGAUUGGCGGAGCGGGAGCGACAGUUGGCGGAGGCGAAGCGCAAUGUAACACCGCAACAGUUGAAGGAACUGCAAAAAUUGAGGAGUGAGGUGGAGCGGAUUAAGGCUGAGGAGAAGCAACUAGUCGAGCGGGUUAACCAGCUUAGAUCCUCUUUAAUGGAGGCUAAGUCCUCCUUCCAGAGUGACAAUUCUCGAAAUCGUGUCCUCACAGCUCUUUCCACGGCAGCCCAGGAAGGGAAGUUGAAAGGUAUCAUUGGACGUUUAGGAGAUUUGGGUGUGAUUCCGCAGAAAUAUGACAUCGCCAUAUCCACAUCCUGUGGUGCCUUAGACCACAUUGUUGUGGAGACUAUGGAACUUGCUCAAAGGGCUGUUGAGUAUUUAAAGAAGCACAGCCUUGGACAGGCGUCUUUUAUCGCUCUUGACAAGAUGCAGAGCUGGACGAAAGAAGCGGCUAAGCCAUUUGUUGGGCCAGUGCCGUCGGCCCAACGGCUCUUUGAUUUAGUGGACACCUCUGUGAAUCCGCGGGUGAAACCAUGCUUCUACUUCGCCCUCCGUAACACCCUGAUCGCGGAUAAUUUGGAUGUGGCGGUCGACUGGGCCUUCAAGCACAAAAACCGCUUCAGGGUCGUCACUCUCCAGGGUCAAUUGAUAGAGACAUCGGGAGCUAUGUCCGGUGGCGGCAGUGGACGCCCGGUCUCUGGCCGAAUGAACACAGACGCUCAGAAGGCGCGUCGUCGUAGCAGCGGCGUUCCGCUUUUUACCGAGACAUUCAUUGCAGAGAAGGAGACUGAGCUCGCAGAUUGCGAGGUCCGUCUUACGAAGGUUCGACAGCGUCGUGAACAGCUUGAAGAUACUGAGGCUCAACUCUCGCAACGCAUUCAGGAGGCUCAACGGGUCGUCACGAAGUGUCAGAACGAGAUGGAGCGGCUACGAGAGGAGGCAGAGGUGCUGGAACAGGAAGCAGCACAGGCGGAAGUUCGCGCGGCACAAACGGGACCUUCGGCGAAGGAGCGAGAGAGGAUGGAGGGAUCAGUGGCUAAUUUAGAGCGUCUGCAUGCGAGUAAGGCGGAAAAAGCAGAAGUUUUGCGUAAACGUGUGGAUGAGGUGAAGACGGAUCUGGUGGAUGCUGGCUCCGCGAGACUCGCCGCUGUUCGAUCAAGGGUUGGACUUGUGGAGUCGAAGAUUAAGGAGACCAAUGAUCUCUUCACGAAGCUGGAGGUGGACAUCAAGUCAGCGCAUCGCAAUCAGGCAAAAUGCGAGGCGAAGGUGAAGGCUUACGAGGAAGAGGUGGAGAACCUCAAGGCGAAACUCACCGCCAUCGAUGCUCGCAUGGUGGAGAUUGAAAAAACCGCCAAGGUCUGCAUGGAGGAGUUUCAGGAGCUCCAAAAGACGAUCAAAGAUCUGACUCAGGGAUUGUCGGCAGUAGGCGAGGCGAUCGAGAAGGUGGAGACCGCAUUGGCUGCCAGUCGAAAGGCGGAGGUCGGAGUGCAGCGCAAGGCUGAGGAGCUCCGCACACAGGCCAAGGAAGCCGGUGGCCGGGCGAGAGGGUGGCAGAUGAAACUGCGCUCCCUCCGACUCCACACCAUCGAAGAUGAUGAUGACGACGAGGGGGAAGCAGGAACGACGGAAGACGGUGUAGAAAGUGGAAGGCGUACUAGCCAAUCAAUGGAUGAUGUGACACCCUGCUCCAUAUCUUCAAGUCAUGCUUGUACUUCCUCCUCUUCGAAGGAGAAAAGUUUGAAGCUACCUGUGUAUACGGAGGAACAACUGGCUGAAAUGAAGGUGAACGAAGCAGAAGUGCGCCGUUUAGAGGAGCAGACGGCAGCCAUGGCACCAAACAUGUCCGCCAUCGAACAGUAUCGUAAGAAGGUCGAUCUCUACCUCAAACGUGUGGCCGAGUUGGAUCAGGUCACGGAACUGCGAUCUGAGCAGUUGCGUCAGGAGGCUGACGCCAAAACUAAACGUCUCAGUGAAUUUAUGAGUGGUUUCAACAUCAUUACGACGCGACUGAAGGAGAUGUACCAGAUGCUUACGCAGGGCGGAGAUGCUGAAUUGGAGUUGAUCGACUCACUGGACCCCUUCUCCGAGGGCAUCGUUUUCAGCGUCCGUCCACCGAAGAAGACGUGGAAGAGUAUUGCAAAUCUAUCAGGAGGAGAGAAGACACUUUCUUCCCUAGCCCUGGUUUUCGCUCUGCAUCACUAUAAGCCCACACCACUCUAUGUGAUGGAUGAGAUAGACGCGGCGCUGGAUUUUAAGAACGUCUCGAUUGUGGGUAACUAUGUAGUGGAAAGGACGAAGAACGCGCAAUUUGUGAUUAUCUCGUUGAGAAAUAACAUGUUUGAGUUGGCAGACAGGUUGGUGGGGAUUUACAAGACCCACAAUAUUACCAAGUCGAUUGCGUUGGAUUGCGCGAGUCUGUCAAGACGGUUGGAAGCCGCGGUGGCUGCUAGGCUGGGAACGAAAAUACAGAACAAUUCUGACAAACAGUGUGUGCCGCCCAAACAGGAGGAGACUGGACGGCUGGUGACAGCAAUGGAGACAGCGGUAAUGGAACCGGCGAGAAGCACUUGUAGUACCGAUUCUGCACAAACAUUUAUUCCCCAGAUGAACUGA